AUGGCUAGAUGUUUGGAUGUGAGUUUUUAAUAUAAAACUUUAGGCUAACUUCAUGUUUCCUAGGAAAUCGAAAAAUCCAAACGUGAAUCGAAUUUUGGAAUUAUUCAAAGCACUCAAGAAUAUAUUGACAAAUAUUGGAAAAGAUGUGAAAAUUAUUAUAAAUGCGCGGAAAAUAUAAAAUGCACUGAUUUCCACGCUGAAAAUCUUGAAUUCAUCUUCAAUUGUUUUGAAUUUGUCAUUGAUCAUCAAAGUUUUUCACAUUGUACCAAGAAUAUUACAAUCAUGAGAUCGUGUGAGUUCUUGAAGAAUCAGGCGAAGUUUGAAGAUCAGAAAACCGAAGGUUGUGGUGAACAGGAACUUCAGGAUUUCAGAAAUUUUAAUAAUGAUUUUGCAAAAAUUUUGAAUUGUGAAUAA